AUGAAUUCUGUUCCACUCACCACCGUAAGUCUUGUUUUUUCUAGAGGUUUUUCCAAUUUGUAAUUCUUAGAAAAAAAUCAAAAAGGAAGACAUUUGGGAUGUCGAGGAGACCGUGUCAAGCGCAUGGCCCCCGCGGAAGGGCGACUAUCUCCAGGGCGCCAGCUUCGACCCGAAAGUAAGACUAUCCCUUCUUACUAUUUUGCAAUUUCUUUUUUCAGAAUCGGAAAGGACAAGAAGAGAAAGAAAACAUCCCGCCCACUCCGAUUAAAUGUGUUAAAAAUUAAUUUCUUUUUUGGUUGAAUAAAAGACUUUUCAACUAUGUAUUGUUGUGAGUCUGCACACUUAAGCCAAGUGGUGCGGCUCCAUCAAAGGUGGAAAAGUCGGACAUUCAAAUUAUUUCUGCUUACAUAACCCAACAGAUAGAACAAACACGCACACAUGACUGGAAAAUUUGUUCUGCGCAAGGUCAACCUUGACCAACCCACCGAGCGCUUUUCGAAUCAUUCCACCACCCGACUCUCACUGAGGAGUCCUUUUCUCCAGGGCUUCCACCCGGAAGCCCCACCUUUCCUCCCCUAUUUUCUUUACUUUCUCCACCCCGAUUCCACUCAAUAUGGAAUUUUUUGAUUCUGAAUCACAUCAGUGGAAAGCUGGAGGGUUGCACGGUUAGUUAUUUAUUUACUUUUUUUUUAUUCCACGUACAUUUACUUUCUAAUAAUUUGUGAUUUUCAGAAAGAACCAUUCUUCUUCUUUAUCAAUGGCAUGGCAGGGACCGGCAAAUCCGUGCUCCUCAAAGCGUUGAGAUCGGAGAUCAACAAAACGUUCGAGGACCAUGGAGCUUGUCAAGUCUUCGCCCCAACCGGCGCUUCUGCACUGUUGGUGGGAGGGAGGACAAUUCACUCUGGCUUCUUCAUAUCAGUGAGUUUUUAUUAUUUUUAUGAAGUUAAAUUCAUGCUUUUCAGACCAAAGAAGGAUCUGAGUUUGAGCCCCUCGAGAAGGGUACUCUCGGUCGAAUCAGAAAGGAUCUGAAAGGGCUGAAAGUUGUCAUUAUUGACGAGCUCAGCUUGGUGAAUCAGGUUCUUUUUGCUGAAGUCUCCGCAAGACUACAACAGAUUAGAAGCAGCAAUCGUCCCUUCGGCGGAGUCUCCGUCUGCUGCUUUUGAGAUCUCCUCCAACUCCCCCCUGUCUGCCACGGAAGUGUUUUUGACGGUAAUUUUUAUUUAACAAGCUCUAAUGUCACCAAAAACAUUACUUUCAGAAAUCCCGAUUGCCUUCCAGCCAGCAUGGUCCACAAGAGCACCACAAGGAGUCGACAAUCUGUGGACGCUCUUCCGCAUGCUCACGCUCAGCGUAAACAUGCGGACAUCCGAUCCCGAAGAAGCUCGAGCCCUGGCCGAGAUCAGAAAGGGAGAGAUCGAGAAGGAGACGGAACUCUUCCUCCAGCGGAAGAUGUGGUUCCCGUCCGCACACACAAUCGAAGGCAUUGCGGAUGAGGUAGAUUACCUCAGGACGCAAAACCCUGGGAAGAGCAUCAUGCUGCUCGCUGGAAAGAACAGAACAGUGGACGAGCUGAAUGCCUUUGUGAGUUCUUGCACGUUAGACCAAUGUUUACCCCUAGAAAGGGACAUUUGUUUGCCAAUCACUAACCAUGGGAAAAUUUCAGCUUCUUCGGAGAAAGGGAGAGCCGGAGGUCUUCGAUGUCGUCCGAGGGAAUACGGUCGUUAGACCGGGUGCCCCGACUCCGAUGUGCUCGAGCACUUUUUAAUAUUAAUAUUAGUUUUGUUUAAUCCCCUUUCGGUUUAAUACAAUAAUCAUAAGUGGUCAGUUUAAUAGUAGGAGGGGGCGGCGCCUAUAUAUAAGAGGCCCGCUCCCUCGCUUCUCGUCCACUUCGUUUCUCCCCUUCUCCCGUUUUGCGGCCGGCACUGCCGGUCGCCUCCGUUUAUUGUUAAUCUCACGUUAUUCUUAUAUAAUUUAUCUUUUUACAUAAAUGGUUUAAUUAGCCAAGUUUGAGUUACAAAGGCGUUCUGCAACUGAAUCAUUCGUUUAUCCGAGGCCGAACGACGAGAAGCGUGUGGAGACAGCCCACUUCGCGAAGCGGCUCGAGCUGCUCCUGAGCUGCAAGGUGGUGCUGACCACCACCAUCAAGAAGGCCCAGGGGCUGGUGAAUGGAGCGAUUGGAGAGGUGAAGGCGUUCAACUCGGACAGCGUCACCGUACAGUACGUGAACCUUGACUUUUCUAAGUUUUCUCAUUUUCAUUUUCAGAUUCCCCACCCACCCCCAUGUUCGGAUCGAGCGGGUGGAGUUUUGCAACGGGAAGGACUCGUGGAGUCAGUUCCCUCUGAGAGUGGCGGAGGCUAUGACCAUCCACAGCUCUCAGGGCAAAACAUUUGACGGAGUGGUCAUCGUCGUGCGAGAGAGCACGCAGACGCAGCAGCAGAAAGAAAAAAUAGUCGCAAAGUGUCCCCCACAGUUCUCUGGCAUGGUGCCAUGA